AUUUGUUUUUCAAAUGAUCAAAACCUUCUGCCUGGAUUUGUCUCCAAAUGUCUCCUGUCCGUCAUGUGAAUUUGUUCUCGUUCACUCAAAAGGAAAACCAAAGACUUCAUGUGUUUUUUUUUAAAUGUAUAUAAUCAAGCAUCUAAUAAGUGGAUUUCAAUAGAAAUGCUUUUAUCUAGUUUUAUAAAGUGUCACGAACUCAGAGACGAGACGUUCAGAGGGACGAUAAACUUGAUUCAUCAAAUGUCCUAAUUUAUUCAGGAGCGUGAGUUCACGUUUAAAUGUAAGUACUAGAGUUGACUACCGUCCGAGUAGUGCCCGCAGCACUCUGCCCAGGUGUUUGUACCCGUGACGUCACAGGCCGCAGCACUCUGCCCAGGUGUUUGUACUCGUGACGUCACAGCCCGCCGCACUCUGCCCAGGUGCGUUGGUCCUCGCGCGUCACAGGCCGACAGGUGAUUUGAAUAAUCCGUUUCCUCGUUUCUUCACUCGACUUCUCAAACGCGUCCAACUCGGACACGCGCCGAGGACGAGAGAGACUUCGAGGCCGAGACACGAGCGCGCACCUCGGGCAGCGGCACCUGAGCUGCGGGGGUGUGAGAGCGGAGCCCGGCCAGGUGAUGCUGCGGCGCGGGCGGUGAUCGCGGACGACGAGGCGCCAGGAGCAUCUUCAUCAUCCUUCACGUGUUCAUCUCUUCCAUCACGUCAUGAAUCCUUACGCAAACACGAGACCACCUCCGACUUUGCCCUCUAACCCAUACGACAUUACCCACAAUGCCCCUCUGUCGGCCACCUCCCCCGCGCUCAUCCAGACGGGUCACAGCUCCGUGGCGUUCCACCAGGCCUCGGACGCUGGUCACCAGCUGGCGCCGCCUCCUUACUCGGGCUUUGUCCUCGCGUCCCGGUCCAGCCUCGUUCCCGUCCCGUCUCCCCCGCCGCCCCCUCCCCCCGCCACCCCCUUCUCCUGCCAGGUCUCGGUCAUCGUCCCGUCCCCGGACCUCCGCCCGUCACCCCCGUCGACCCGGUGCGGCGAGGACGCCUCCCCGGACCUGGAGUGCUCCGUCUGCUUCAGCCAGUUCAACAACGUGUUCCGCUGUCCCAAGAUGCUGCAGUGCCGCCACACCUUCUGCCUGGAGUGCCUGGCGCGCAUCAACGUCAAGUCGGCCGAGCCGGACGCCAUCCAGUGCCCGCUGUGCCGCGGCCUGACGGCGCUGCCCGCCCUCGGCCUGCCGAGACUCGCCACCAACCGGGACCUGCUGUCCUACCUGCCGGCCGCCAUGCAGCGCGUCUACAGCGUGCGCUUCCUGCGCAGCAAGGGCAAGCUGGAGGUCAAAAGGUGGCGUUCAAACCUCACGUUGACAAGUCUUUGAUUCUGUGGACGUUAA